AUGCCAUAUUUAGGUGGUGGCGGCUCCGAGGACGACGAGUCCCUCCUCUGGGAUCUCGUUUUUCAACCCCCGCAGCGUGUCGCAGUUUGGCCUUACGCUAUGCCACCGUCCAAGAUACCAGACACGAUGCGCUGGAUUAAGAGGGCCCUCUCUAAACGCGGCGACUUCGAGGUUGAGAUCGGAGAAACUGCACCAGAUUUUGGGUUGGCUCGUGCCGACGUCCUGGCUAUCCCGGGAGGCAAUACCUUUGACCUGCUUGCUUGGGUGCAGCAGAACGACCUGGAGCAAUCUGUUAAGGACUUCCUCGCACGUGGAGGCAAGGUUUACGGGGGAAGUGCCGGUGCCAUUCUGCUGGGAGCUGACAUUGCCAUUUGCGACGUUGAAACAGGAGGGCUGGACGUGAAUAAGAUAGGACUAAAGGAUACGAGAAGCCUGAACCUGCUUAGCGGCGCGGUGGUGUUUCCUCACUACGAUCCGGUGGACGCUGCUUAUGUUUUUACUUGCCAGAAGUGGGCAGAUGAGAAUCAUGUCGUCGUCGUCGCCAUUCCAGAGAAGAGCGGUGUCGCGGUUGAUGGUGAGACGGGGUAUUUGAAUACUGGUCCAGAAGAUGUAGUACUUUUUAAGCCUCAGCAAGAACCCGUUGCGUGUGGCGCUGGCCACCGUUUCCUGCUUUGA